AUGCAUUCUAGAACCCAUCUUCGUGUCUUGGCGGCGCUCGCCGCGCUGCUCACCGCCCUGUUGCUGCUCGGCGGCUGCAGCUCGAUACGUCGGGCAGCGAUCGGCCAGGCCGCUAAGGCGCUGACCAAGACCGGCGAUCUCUUUGCCAGCGACGACGAUCCUCAGCUGGUGCGCGAGGCGACACCGUUCGCACUCAAGACCCUCGAAGGCCUGAUUCUGGAGCGACCCAAGGACGCCGGGCUGUUGCUUGCCACCUGCCAGGCUUUCACCCAGUACACCCUGGCGUUCAUCGAGGUCGACGCGCGUGAGGUCGAGUUCAAGGACUUUCGCCGCGCUCGCGGCCUACGCCAGCGGGCUUUGCGGCUGCAUUUGCGGGCCAAAGGCUAUUGCACUCGUGCCCUGGAGCUGACUUUCCCCGGCGUUUUGGAGCGGCUUCGGACCGAACCCGAGCAGGCAUUGGCCGGGAUCGGCGAACAGCACGUCGGGCUGUUGUUCUGGACCGGCGCAGCGUGGGGCGCGGCGGUGGCGCGCGGGCUCGACCAGCCCGAGCUGCUGGGCGAGGUGCCGGCGGUGCGGGCCCUGGCCCGGCGAGCUCUGGAGCUCGAUCCUGACUUUCAGCGUGGUCUGCUGCAGGAGGCCAUGAUGGUGCUCGAGUCGAUCGAACUGAUGGGCGGCUCGAAGGAGCGCGCUCGGGCUCACUUCGACCGUGCCCUCGAGCUCAGCGGUGGUCGCCGGGUGAGUCCCUACGUCGCCUAUGCCGCGGCGGUGUCGGUGGAUGAGCAGGAUCGCGCGGAGUUCGCGCGGCUGCUCGAGCAGGCGCUGGCGAUCGAUGCCUACCAGCCCGGACCCGACCGUCUUGCCAACCUGGUCAACCAACGGCUGGCGCGGAUCUUGCUCUCUCAGAUUGACGAUCUCUUCCUAGAUGAUCUCGAAGACGACUGGGACGACCCGGAAGAGACCGCCGAAGCCUCGGGCACCAAGCCUGAGAACCCAUAG